GAGAGCAUGGUUGUGCUACGCUCUUUUUUGUGUCUUUUUUCAUUCGAAUGCCGAUUCAAAUCAACACACAAAACUGGAUUCAAGUUUCGAAAGAACGAAUAGAAUGAAGGCUACCAGACAUUUGAUAAAUCUAAUUGGAAAUUUGCGUGUUAUCAGUCUUUACCUAUACAGCGUCUUACGGAAAUUGACUUUGUACAAGCAGCAGUUUUUUCGACAUAUUUUUUGGUUCUUUAAACGAAAGAUUGUCAACACAGCGGUCAGAAACGGGAAUGUUCUGUUUACUUCAAUUCUUGUUGUUUUUCUCAUAAACUACCUCGUUUUCAUCUACUUCAUGAGAGAAUGUACGGAAAUUAAACAGCCACACACGUUUUGGUGGGCAUGGCCGCCGAGAUACUUGUGGUCGGUUGGUGGAAAGCUGCCAAGAUACGGUGAUAUUGAAGACCCUUCUCUUUCUAUUAUAUUCAAAUACCCCGAACUGUCUGUUAAGAAAAGAUAUCGUUAUGAAAUUAAAAACUUAUCUUCAGACGGAAAGAUUCCCAGAUUCGUAGAAGCAAAAGUGAAAUCUAUUUUUGUCGAAAACUCUUUUUUAAGUGACAGAAGAGCGCCAGAAACAGGUUCCGUAGACUGCGACGAAAGAUGUGUCGUUUCUUACAACGAUCGGCUUCGUCAUCUUGCAGAUGCGGUUUUAUUCUCAGCUUACGACUUGGCCCCCAUCAAGCGAAGCCACAAGAAACAGCUUUACGUUUGGGUGGAUUCUGGGCCACCUUCUGUUGCAGCAUAUAAAAAGCACAGCUUGUUGAAACAUUUCGACGAUUACUUCAAUCUAACUAUGACGUACAGAAGGGACUCCGAUAUUUACUUUCCUUUCGGCAUCAUGUCCGAGGUUUGGGAAACUAUCCGAAAAAAUCCGAAAAUUGCCGAUGUUAAAACUUUGCUUUCAGGAAAAGUGAAGGAAGUGGCUUGGGUAACGGGUGAUUGCCACAUGUCUAAAGGUUAUGGGUUCCAACUCCGGAUGGUCGGUCAUCUUAUAGCACUGGGAGUUUCAGUCGAUAUAUUUGGCGGCUGCGUCGCCAACCAGGUCACCGAUGGUACAGAUUUAUCGAAGUACAAGUUUAUUUUCGCCUUAGAAGAAAAACUGCAUUGUCGGGAUUACAUUUCACAAGGAGUUUGGAGGAACGCUUUGUCUAAUGGAGUGGUCCCAGUAAUUUGGGGUCCGUUACGCGAUGAUGUAAACGCUGUUCUUCCUGCUCGGUCUUACCUCUUUGCAGAAGAUUUUGCGACCUUACCUGAACUUGCUAGACAACUGCAGUUUCUUUCUAAAACCCCAGAAGCGUAUUCGGAAUAUUUCGUUUGGCGUGGCGAGACAGUAAUCUUAAAAGUUCGUGGUCUUAAAUACACAUCUCUGGAUACAGCACCCCAGCAAUACGGACUAUGUCAGUUAUGUCACAUGCUCCACGAAGACGACAAAGAUGAAUGGUUUUUCGGCACACGACCGAUUCGCAAAGUCGCCUCCAUAUACGACUGGUGGUACCUUGAAAAUACUAAAACUUGUCUUAUGCCUGCUGGCACGUUUGAAAGUACUCUAAACCGGUGGUAUCUUACUUUAGUUUUUCUCGAUCAUUACGUUCGAGCGCUUAGACACAUUAGGUUGUAUCUCUGGGCGAUAAUUUUUCUGCUUCUUGCAAAUAUAACUUAUAAAUGUAUAGAUAGGGUGGGGGAGAUGGGACGCCUUUUCAUUCUAUUUGCUCGUCCCAUUUGAUAGUAAACAAAGAAAAUUCAAUGAAUUAUAAAACUGUAUCCUUACCACUCCCAUAGACCGUUGUUAAUUGGUUAAAACACGGUCAGGAUAUUUGGAUAUUAUGUGCUAAAAGUGUUCCAUCCCAACCCAUAGUACUAUAUGUCUCUAAAAUGUUCGGUUUAACUUAAACUCCGAAUAAUACGAAACUAUCGUAACCUUUGUUAACCUUAUUUUAGAAUUUAAAUAUCAAAAUAUGCAAUCUUAUUACAUGCUUUAAAACUACAACUAAUUAAAACUAUGCUGCGCCGUCAAAA